CAAUUCUCCCUGAGUUUGUCGGUCUCAUUCAGUUCUCUGCACAAACUGCACAGUGUUAGGUAACUACUUAUGUUGGCAACAGUGGAAAAGGUUUGUACUCAAAAAGGUGGAGUUUCCAGUCUGACUUGGCUCCAGCCUCCGUUGGUGAGGGUGGUUAAUCUUUGCGAAUUAUUUUUGUGAUUCACUGGGAUUGGUGGGUUUGGCCAGGUCAUCCCAUAGUUCUUCGAAUUGUGAUAGUCCUCAGUCCUCCUACUGUUUGCCUCAGUUAAUCUUCGGAACCAACGGAAUUUUUCCAUUUUCACAUUGAUGAUUUUUGAGAGAAUCUGAAGUGGAUUUUUUAAAAUGAUAAUGUCAAGUAAACCAAAACACAACUUGGGAUCACUUCCAAAUUGAGAUUUCUUCAGUUGGUUUUUAUUUCAUGACUCCUUGUGUCACACUUUGGUCUAAUUCUGUUGCUUCUCUUUGGGCGGUCCUUUGACUUGACUUUUUGUAAAACUUGGACAGUGAACACUGAAUCCACAUGUGCUUUUUCUUCUCUGUGCAAUGAAAUGUGGUUUUUGUCUAUUUAUUUAUAUUGGUGCUUAGUGGUUGGUGUAAUCUUGUGCCAGCUAUGAAGCACAUGAAAAUGGGCUUUUUAGUGGCAGUUAUUUUGAUACCUCACACCGCAUAUUGCACCAUACUUCGUAUGUGACAGCUAAAAAGCGAACUCUUCUUCACAGUCCAACUGUAUGAACACGCAUGUGGGAGGUCAGAUCUAUUAUGCAACAGCGGGAUCGGCCUCUCUUUGUAUAUUACCAGAAUAGCAAGUUAGGGAUUCAGAGGUGAGUUCCACUGAGUCAUACACCACAAGCAAAGACUUAAAUCAAAGACGCUUUCGUGACCAGAUCUGUGAUGCUCCCUCUCUGAAUUGCAAGAACACCCUGUAUUCACCCUGAAAAUCGGCAGCGAAUUUAUGGCAGGCGCACAUACUUUCAUGAGAAUCGUGUUUUCCCCACACAGAUGUUUUAUAUCUUUUCAUUGGUUGUCGCUGCAUUCGAAACUGCAUCGAUCACUUCAGGCGUUGCUGCAUUGAGGGCCUCCCUCAACGGCAACCCUGUAGAUUCAGAAUGCGGCGAUGCGCACGCAUCCAUUGCUGCGAAGCUGCUGCUGCUGCCCACCAUUCCAUGCAUGACUGCUUGCGCUGCGGGGAAAUGGACGAGGGCGCUGAGGGCAUGGCGGAGCUGUUGCUGCUGAACUGCUGGAUGAUACAGUAAUAGCUCUUCUGUGUUCAGGUGGUGGUCCUUCUUCUGGCUCUGAAGCUGUCCCGUUGGUUUUAGACUUUCUUUCUGCUCAAUUUGGUUUAAACGUCCUCCCAAAAUGUGCCGGGUGCUCAAUAUCCUGCACUGGUAUUCCUUAGUUUUAAACUAAAAUACCUUCCUUGUAUCCACCACCCAGAGCUGAAAGUGAGGACCACUUGGUUUAGCAUAUGUGCAUGGAAGUUUGCGAUGACUUUACUCCUCCCAACAACCCCCCCCCUUCUCUCUCCCUUAAUGCUUAACGGAUGAAGACCAAAGUGUGAUGCCUUCAGAAGGCGUGGCCACAUCUCUUUGUUUUCCCCCUCAAGCCCCAGCGCCAGCGAGCACUGCGGCAGAUCAUUACGUCAAGGAUCAGAGCAAGAAAGUGGAAGUCCACGGGUUUGCAUCCAGCUCCGUUGGACGUUCCAAUGUGGUGCCACAGGGCUUCCCCGGAGGCACCUCUUCGAACGCUGCUUCCCUAGACCAGGACUCCCCUGUCGUGACUUCCCCUGUCUCUGAGCGAAUCAAAGCUCUCGAAGCCCUGGCGGCAAAGCAGAGCGAUGGAGACACCUGGAACGAUGGAGGUUUUCUCCUCUUCAAGGAGCGCCACUAUGAGAAAACUCAAACGGAUGUGAAGGUAGAGUUUUCCACCGCCACUCAGAUGAAGGAAGCCACCCCAGGACAGGACUCCCCUGAAUCUCCCUUUGAGGUCCUUGGGGACACAAAGCAGGGGGGUGAAUUUGAAGACACCAUGGACUGGAUGCGAGCUCACCUUCCUCCGGCACCUGACUUUGGAUCCGGAAUCCCUGAUCCAAAAGUUGGCAAAGAAGCGUCCGAUUUCCCAUCUGUUUCUCCCCGAUCAGGAGAAGCUGUAGCCUCUGCAGGAGUGAUAGAAGUAGGUGUGCCUGAUGCAUUCAUGGACUCUCCAACUGGAGCAUCCAAGCCUACAGGUCCAUUUAUUGAGCCGGGGAAGCAGUCGAGUGUAGAAGAUGAUUCUGAAUUUGACCUCCGCUUUUUGCCCACUGCUUAUGUCUGGGAAAAACCAGAGAAAAUAGCUGAAGAGCUCCAAGGGCCUCCCAGCCAUGCCAUUGUCCAGGAACAGGAGUCUCCUGCCCCCCCUGCUGGUUUUGAUUCCCCCCCUCCCCCUUCUCCUCCAACCUCUCAACUAACAGCUACAGAGGUCAAGUACACCCCAUUAGGUGAUGACUUUGAGCCUGCGGAAAUCCUUGAUGUUGACAGCUCAGGGGAAUCAGAGGAUACGGUGACUGAGGACACUGCCCCUGUUUCUGCGCUUGCAUCAAGUGCAACCUCUACUGAGGUUGCCUCCACAGCCCCUUCUCCGCCAACUGAUAGGAAAGAAAUGCAACUGACUAAGCCAGAGCAUUCCUUGCCAGCCCAGCCAGAGAAGCAGAUAAUACUGGUGCCCAUAAUUAAUGUGAUUGAGACGGAGGAACAAGUGUGCAGUGAUGAUGAGGUGGAGCAGGUAGAGGAGGACGAAGGCUAUCCGGUUGUCGAUGACCCCGUUAAAGAGGGACCUCAACACGCUGACCAAAAACCGGAAGUGCCCGAGUUGGCAGCACGUGAUCACGCGGCACCUGUUUCAGAGGUUGCUCUUGGACCCUCUGAUAUCUGCGCCUUUGAUCCCACAUCCCAAGAGGAUAGUCCUCCAGCAUCUAUGACCCAUACUGAUGCCAAGACCUCACCUCAACACCAGUCUGCCAAAGAGGAGUCUCAUGUUAGCAGGCCUCCCUCUGCUGUUCCGGCUGCACGUUCAGAGGAAACCGCACAGGAUUCUCCUGCGUCAAAAGAGCCAGAAUUGGAUGCCCUGCAGGGGGAGCCUGUAACCUCAGAGAAAAUGCAAAUACAGAAUGAGCCGCCAGCAAAGUCUUCCAUUAAAGCAGCAGAAACUGCUGAUGAAAAAAUUGCGGAGCAAUUGACUGAUCCAGUCGACCAUUUUGAAACCCAGCCUGGCUUCCUUGAUUCUUGUUCCAAUGAUGAAGCUGCACAGCAUGCUUCAUCUGACUUACCAACCUCACUAACUGAGAAACCCAUUAAUGACUCCAUAAAGGAGGAUGUUUUACAGUUUUCCUCUCCACUGGUAGAGCCAAGCAGAGCACUAGGCAGUUCUGAGGCUAAUGAAUAUGUUCAACCAACUGCAGAGAAAUCUGUUACAGAAACCCCUGCAGCAAUGCGAGAGGGUAAAUCAGUGGACAAACAUUAUAACUUGGAUACUGAAACCAAAAUUGGCUCAUCUGAUUCUCAACCCCAGAGCCACAUUGAGCCAAUGGUUCCACAAAUGAAUGUCUCCUCUGAGAAUGCCACUGCAAUGACCCUAACUGAUCUUGGAGAUGUUGGCGCCAAAGAUUCUGAAGAACCUCAUCCCAAACCUGUUGGAGGACAGCCAUCCCCACGAGACUUCAACCAAGAUCCAUUUUCUUGCCUCUGGAGUGAACCCCAAGAUGUCACCCAGAAGGUGCUGGAGUCGAACAUGGACGCCUCAGCUGAAAUAACUUCAGAGGUUAAAUCCCUCCAUAACGAGUUGGCAAGCAAGAGUGUUACUGAUGUCUCACCUCAUACAGAGUCUGGAAUGAUGGCCAGGGUUGUGGAAACUAAGGCUGAUGAGAACUCACCAGAGACGACGAGCGACCCCGAGAGCAUAGAGCCGGAGUGUUCUGUAACAGCCGCUACCGACAGCUUUGUGGAGUUCAUGAGGGAGUGCCUCAAGUCAAGACAGGGGGAGGAAGAGCCAGAGGAGCUCAGCCACCACCUUGGAGACGAGGAUAAGUCCCCCAAGAUGGGUGUCCCAUAUUCCAAGUCGCCGCCAGCUAUCGCUUUUGAUGUAGAGCAGGAGCACCUCACCAUUCGUGCCCUGAAAGAACUAGGUGACAGCCAGGAGGAGGAAGAGCAAGACAAGGUGCUUCCUCAGUUUGCCUCUAAAACACAAACCCCUGUCAGCCCUACUCCACUGCCCCCUUCUCCCCCUCGUGAACCUCCAUGCGAAAUGUCUGCGUCCAAAAUGGCGGAGGAAGUGGACAUGUGGGUGGCAGAGGCCUACCAUCUUGCAGAGCAUGUCUUGGCUGCAGUACUAACCCACUUGUCAGUCCGGGACCUGGUGUACUGGCGGGACCCCAAGAAGUCGGGCGUGGUUUUCGGCACGUCCCUCCUGCUCCUGCUGUCCCUGGCGGCGUUCAGCGUGAUCAGCGUGGCGUCCUACCUGCUCCUGGCCCUGCUCUGCGUCACCAUCGCCUUCCGCGUCUACAAGUCCGUCGUCCAGGCCGUGCAGAAGUCCGGCGAUGGGCACCCCUUCAAGGAGCUCAUGGACAAGGACGUCAGCAUUGCCCCCGAGACGUUCCGCAAGCACGUGGACUCCUGCCUGUCCCACGUCAACCGGGCCCUGAAGCACCUGAGCCGCCUCUUCCUGGUGGAGGACCUGGUGGACUCGCUGAAGCUGGCAGUGCUGAUGUGGCUGAUGACCUACGUGGGGGCGGUCUUCAACGGCAUCACCAUCCUCAUUCUGGCGGACGUCCUCCUCUUCACCGUGCCCUUGGUGUAUGAAAAGAACAAGACCCAGAUUGACCAUUAUAUAGAUGUGGUCCGUACCCAGUUCAACACCAUUGUUUCCAAGCUGCAAGAGAAACUCCCCGGUGCGGCCAAACGCAGCAAAGUGGAAUAAAGCCCCCCUCUGCUUUGUCCCCCGCCACCUCCGACACCGCCGUUGCCCCUUAUCUAGACCCCCCGCCCCUCCUUAACUCCCUCCCCAAAUUCGGUCCACACCGUUACCCUUGACACACCCUCCGACUCGAACUCGGCCCACCGACGCACUGAACCAGCUACUAAGAAAACCGCUACUCAGAUACUCAGCAUAACCGCGCAAGCUUGCAAAGCAGUAGGACAGGAGCUGUGCCCAGCGGCGGAGUGUCGCGCGUAGCGCGCCGCGAAAUUGAAACGGUGGUGCGAGAGCUAGAUUGAACCCGUGACCUCUGGUUUUAUAGGUCAGAUUUGGCCGCUCAGCAGCUCAAGAGAAAUGGCGGAAGCCAUUUUCUCAAAAAGCAAAUGUCUGUACGGAACACAUUUCAGGCUAUAGGAGCAACUUAUAAACAAAAAAUAAUAUAGGAAUGUCACGCUCUGGGGUCUAAUUUACGAUUAGCAUUUAUCCUGGCGGCCUGUUGAUGAUUAGAACAGUUGUGGGAGGUAAAAUUUGGAAAAAUGUCACCAGUUUGUCCUCACAGCGUAUUACAAGCAAAGUAUUUUUUUUUUUUUUUUUUUUUUUUUGAAGUUUGGAAUGCCUUAAGGUUCUCUCUGCUACUAACUGGCUAUUCGGCCUUUCUGUCGUUUCCUGUGUUUGUCCUGAAGGCAUUUUUUUUUCGUAAAGUUUGUUUUCUGCAAUGCACUGAAUGUUUGGCACGCCACACGUGGGUGGGAUGAAAAUAAGAAAUAAAUUCGAAAAUUUAAAAAAAGCACCAAAGUGAACCAGCCGUGAUGACUUGGUCUAGUUCGCCCCGUUUGUUUUGGUGCAUUUUUAAAAAUGUGUUUGUAAAUAAGACUAAAACAGGCUUUCAGCUGUAAUGAAUCUAAGAAUCUGCUGUCGCUUUUCUCAAAGAUCACUUGUGGUGGUCAUACUUGUUUUAGUCGCACAUGUUUCCAAGUCAGUCUCCCAAGUCAUUGAUUAUUAUGAUCUGCUUCAUUAUUAUGAUUACUAUUAUUAUGAUUGCUACUGUUAAUAAGAUAACUGCUUUUGACUGCCCAGCUUUUGACUUUUGCUACAUAGAGAGAAAUCUAUAGCUAACCGCUUCAAAACCUCCCAGUGAUCUCUGAGGAUAUGGGGUCAGAACUAUGGACAGAUUGUCUGUGGCAUCAACUCUGAAUCAGAACCAGGAAGCUACGCUGGUGCAUAGCUAAAGGCUUGGUCCUGUGUACCAAUGUGUGGAAGGUGGAAGGGAUUUCUGGUGUAAAAUGUUUACCCUUGCCUUUGCUGAAACCAUAUUUAGGUCCUUUUAGAUGCUCUCUGUUUUGUAAUUUUAAUAAUGUUCUGGUAAUUUGCAUAGUUUUUUCUUUUUUUGUGAUUUGCUCAGAGUAGUAUUUUUAUUUUUACGUAGGAAACCACAAGUAAUUUGUAAUUGGGCUGUUCCCAAGAGUAAGGACUAAUGUCGACACCACACUGUUUGUUUUCCUUGUGAUUUUUUGAAGGGUGAUGUUUGGUAAAGAUUUCAAGAUGAAUUGCAUAUGGCGGUAGGCCAAGAGUGUUUAUAUGGAUGGGUUCCUUCUGCAUUUCAGGAGAAUGCUGGUGGUUUGGGUAAAGAGUCCGAUUAAAGCUAUGGGUUAAUGGUUAUUCUCGGAUUGCUUCAGCAAGUUAAUGUGGUUUGCGAAGGUCUGACUACCUUUUCCUAGCGAUGUUUAUAGAACAUUCCACCUAACGCUUGUGAACCUCAAUAGUGCUGGUCCCCCUUGUCAUGGUCUGUCUGUUAAGAUGUGAAGUCAUACCUUUUUAUGGUUGUGCACCCCUGUCCUUCUGUCAAGUUCUGGAAAACCAGUUCCGUUGGAGUCUGAGUUCAAACUGGAUUGUGACAUCACAAUGAGCUGGGGGCUUCUGGGUUUGCUCCCAGAAUUCAGGAUAUUGUAGUUUGUUUAGGAUCAUUAUCAUCACAGACACAUAUACACAUACACAGACACAGACACAGACACAGACACACUCACACACUUACACACAGACGGGUAUGUUCAUGCACACACUCAGUUGUGUGCAUUCACACACUGGAAAGAGUUUGAUGUCUCAUCUGUGUUUGUCGUAUUGAUGCUGGGCUAACCUUUCUCAGACCAGACUUUUCAACAGAAGAUCACAGGUGGUGUUUGUGAAGGUUUGUCUUGGUUCCAGUGCAUAGACAGUAUCUUAUUUUUCAUUAAUUGCUUUUGGGGAUUGUUUCAAGAUGAGAAAAUAAUGCUACCUGUGUUUGUUUUUUGUUUUUUUGUAAUAUAAAUAACAAUCGCAGACCUCUUUACGUUGUCUAGAUGCUGUUUCUUAGUUGUCGCUGUAUUCUCUUGCGAACUCAAAAAAGAUGACUAAACUGAGCACUACACUGAAUUGAAACUGGAGCUUACAUUUUUUUCUUGGUUUCCUUGUAGCCUAUAGCUUUUAUCCUUUAGUUUAUCUUUUUUUUUUUUUCUUUUGGGUGAUGUCGGAGGUUACUUCCUCUGCGGAAGCCUUUGAUUCUUUUUCUCUGGGUAGCCGUGUGUUCCUUACACCUGAGCUCUGCUUGUUAGGCAUCCAUUUUCCUCACGUCCAGGAUCAUUGGAAUGAAAGGCUAUGCGAAACGGAAAUAAUACUAUGUGGUCCUUGUACUGAUGUUACAGUGAUAUUAAUAAAAAUGUCAAAGGA